AUGGAAAUGCAAGGAGAUGAGAAAGAUGGGCGCUACCAGCGACUCCAGCGAAGGCACGUCUAUCUUCACCGCUUGGCAGGUGAUGACAUCUUCGCGGCGAAGGUCGAAGCCCAGCCCAAGGCGCCCAUGCGAAUGGUGUUGCGGUUUGCCGUGUAUGCUGGCAUUGCAACCUUCGUGAUCAUGGAACGAAGUCAGGUCGGAGACUUAUCAGCAACGAACGAGGCGUUAAGGACAGCCUUGACCAGCCACUACUUCGAGUACUCCCCCACGCCAAAAGCCUUUGAUGACAUCAAAGAUGAAGGGGACGUGCGCUUGUGGCUAAGAUGGCUUUGCAAGGCGCUGGAGCAGGCUGGCAGUGAGCAGUCUUACGGCAAUCCCGCGUCGCUGCACUUGCACAACCGAGUCCUUCCCAAAGCUGGUGUGUGCUUAGAUGCUGCGGCCAUGAGCUUGAGCUUCCGACGUGUGAAGCUCUCGGCCGACAGUGCUUCCACCACCACUCUACGGUUUUCCCCGCUAUAUCCACUCACCUGGAUGGCCAGCACCAUUGCCCCAGGACAAGAUGGUGGGAGUGCUGAAGCAACGGCCAACAUCCGGGCUGGCAAUGUGACAUGGGUGCAUACGCCACCCUGCUCAUCUUGUGGAAAUGCAGGAUAUGAGAAUGCUGGAGGAUAUCUGGCAGUGACCACGUCUACCGCAGCAGGUACGCUUGUCCACUUGGUGGACAACUCACAAACUUUUGAUACCCAGCCAACUGAAGCGCUGCAGCAUUGUGACCGCAGACUCCAGCGAUCAGCAACCGUGAGCCUGGACACGUUUCUGGCGGAGCCGUUCUUUGAUCCGCAGCUGGGAAGUCUGACAGUGGAGUUUCAGUCUUACAACGCGAACUAUCAAAGCCUCUCCAGAGUUCGUGUGUUCUUUGAGUUUAGUGCAGCCGGUGCGCUCUCUUCGCACAGUCUGACAUCAGACACGAUUCGGUUGGACGUGUCUCAUGGAUGGAUUCAGUACUUCGAGUACGCCUACCUGAUCCUGACAUGCCUCUACUUCUUCGAGUUGGUCUACAGAAUCGGAAAGGGCUUCCCCACAUAUUUACAGAACUUCUGGUGCUACGUGAACGCAUGCUCCAUCAUUGGCAGUAUUAGCUGCUUCGGCCUCUGGUAUUACUACAUGCCUAGAUUGAGGGACUUUCGGGUCGGGCGGCAGUUUGAGGAGCCAGCAGAAUUUCAAGGUCGAUUUGCUACGUUCUCUCUGUACAUAGUGGCCUCUUCGUUUGCAACCUUCACGAUCUACCUCAGGGUACUUCAGUUUCUAGCGAACACCCGUUCGCGCGUGGUACUGCUCCUGAAGACCAUCAUGUUCAGCGCAGGGAACAUGGUCGUUUACAUUCUGUACAUUGGCGUGAUUUUCGUUGGCUUUUUCACAUUUGCAUUGACACACUUCUCUUCCUUGUCGGCAAAUUUCACGGACCCCUGGCACACUUUCGUCAGCACCUUCUCACUCUUCUUUGGCGACCUCAGUGUUGUAGACGGCUUCCAGGCCCCGCUGCGGGUGCCGUUCAUCUGGCUCUUCAUGUUCUUUUUCUUCUUCUUGUCAGUGCAGAUGUUCAAUGCAAUCAUCAACUACUCCUACAACAGGGUCUCAGAGGACAUGAAAGUGGUGUUCCAGCGCGAGCAGUACGAGCAGCAGCUGAAAAGCAAGAAAAAGGGCCGAAGUGUCUGGCAGAUUCUCAUGAGCUUGCGGAAGCCCAAAGCUGCUGAGGAGGAGGAUGUCGAGGCCGUUUCUGCGGUGAACGCGCAGGCGGCCGCUGCCGUCCCAGAUGCAAGUGCUCUUGACGAGGCAGUUCGGCAGAAGGUUGAGGAAUACCGCGGUCGGGACACGAACAAGAGCGCCAAGGAUGGAAUUUGUACCGCACUGACGUAUUGUGUCAUGGUGGGAUGCUACAUCUGGUUUCUUUACGUGAACAUGAUGGUCGAGGAGAAGAGUGCUGUUCGAAUUGCGGUCAAUGAAACCGUGCAUUCGAUUGAAGUGCCUGCAUCCAUGUCUUUCGACCCUGCGCAAGCUCCUCCAGAGGCAUGGGCAGACAUUCACUCCUGGCCGCAAGCAAUUUCUUGGAUUCGACUUGGGCUGCCGCAGCUGGUGUUCAAUUCCACUUCGUCCGAAAGCAUGGCCGUGGCUACAUCUGGCCCAGAUCCAAUCGCAGCACAGGGAGUGAGAUGCUUGCGGUCCUGGAACUGCUUUGUCACAGGUACAUUCAACUCCAGCCAGGCCAUUGUGCGAAUCACACAGAAGAGAAGCAUGAGGGUCUUGAACAACGGAGCUCGCCAUGACUCAACACCCGAUGACGAGCGCUUCAUCGGUGGAGUUGACAAUGCUACCGGCUUAGAGAUCCAGCAGAUGCUGGUGAAUGAAUCGGGGUUCUCCCAAAGGAUUGAUCCCGACUCCUCCAGCAAUGUCGCUGAGGACGCCAAUACGUGGUAUGAGCUGUCCCACGGGCAAACUCCCCUUUGCAGCACGGCGUCUGCGAAUGCACCUGGCAGCUACAAAAAGGCAGGCGGAAUUGUAUGUCAGCUGGAUUCUAAUCCCGCGACAUUCACGGAACAGAUGGACCUGAUGUUGGCGAAUGAUUAUUUCACGAGUGCGUCGGCCACUUUCGUGAUUGAGCUUGUAACCCACAAUGCAAACCGAGACAUGAUGAGCUACAUCGUGAUCAGGUUUGUGCAAACGCCGGCUGGCGACGUGCAGAAGGAUCUAAGAGUCUUCUCUCUGGCGCUGUUCGGCUGGGAUGUUGGGGUGGACAAGUUGGGUUACUUCACAGGACGUCUACUCCCCGGCGUGGUCUACAUGGUCUUGGUAAUGGUCUUCACACUCAUGCUCUAUCGCGAGAUGCAAACCGAGCACACUCGCCGAACAGUCUCCUCGGAAGGUGUAAAAGCUCCAGGAUUUCUGACAACCAUUUACACCUUCUUCAUCUCAGACCCUUUUCGGCCGGUCGAUGCGCUUUCAUUUCUCAUGUCGUUCUGGAGCUUUGUCCUCUUCAUCCUGUGGUUGGUGAAGGAGGGCGAGCUGCCGCUGAAGCUCCAAGAAGGUUAUGGGGGGAUUGUAGACUUUGCAUCUGAGCUGACCGCCCAGGAGAGAGAAUACAAUCGCAUCUCGUCAGUGAACUUGCUGCUUAUCUUCGUGCGGCCGCUGCGCUUCAUUCGCGACGACCCUCGCAUGCAGAGACUCAAUCAGACGUUAAAGGAUGCCAGGACUGACAUCUUCUGGUUCAUCAUCGUUCUUGGCAUCGUGCUUUUUGCCUGCACGCUUCUGUCAUUUGUGUCGUUUGGGCCUUCCUUCAUCAAGUGCAAUGACAUCUUUACGGCCUUCUUGUUCUGCUUCUCGUUUAUCAUCGGCGAGUUUGAGUUCUGGAGCCUAUACAGGGCAAAUCCAGUGAUGGCGGUCUUGUUCUUCUUCCCCUACCUCAUCCUUGUGUACUGCGUCUUCACCAACAUCUUCUUCGCGAUUCUUGACCGGUUCUUCGUGUCAGCAGAUCCCCCACCCAUGAAAUUCAAGCGCAAGCUCAAGCCGAUCUUCUCGAAGAUUUGUCGCUGCAUCGACUGGGACGACGACUUCGUCAUGGAAGGGGACCCAAAGGCUGCCAAGAAGGAUGGGCCAGUUUCACGUGCAGGCCGCGUCGCCGAUACUGCCAAGGUGAUCCACAACAUCCGAAAAGGUCUGGAUGGAGACUCCGGAAGUCAGAUGGCGCUGAGCAAGCCGCUGCGAGAAGUCUGCGACAUGGAUGACCGGCUCUUAGGUGUGAUGAAAUGGGGGAAGGAGGAGGCAGCAUCUCUGGUCAGCGACUUCCAGAAUCUGCUUGUCAAGAAGCAGCACUACAAGAACGAAGAUGUCUUCAUCAAGCAGGUGGUCAUGAAGAAGGUUGAUCAGGAUGAAAGCAGAACAAGAGCAGAAAUGGAUGAGGCAAACCGGCAGAUGAGAUAUGCAGCGGAAGUGCACGAAGUCAUGGCGCUGCGCGAUCAGCAGACUCUUGCAAAGUACAUCUGGCUGCUGGAGCAAAAAAUCCAGAAGAAGAUGAAUGAUCAGCAUGCCCUGAAGAUGGAGGUCCAGCACCUUCAGGAAGAAAUGGACAGAAUGCGUUUCACCAAAGAAGAGCUACGGAACCAAGCCAGCGGCGUGGGUACUGCAGAAGCGAUGCCGGAUGCAGAGACUCAAGGCCUGCCAGGUUCCGAUGAAGAGGACGAUUUAGAUGAACUUCGCGAAGGCGAAGACCCUGGAUCGCCUGCAGAUGAUCCCAAUGCAGCCAUGGAUCAUCCACUGCCACGGGAGAAUCCAACAACUGUCUCGAUGCUGAAGGCGUUGAGUGGCCAGCCAUGA